GAAUAUCAAAUAUGGACAGUCCAUGCUUUAUAAAACUCUUUCAAAUGGAAAUAUUCACAAGGGAACUAGAAUGAGGCUUCUGAAACACCGCUGAGACUUCUUGAAUCAAAUACCAAAAGAUACUCAAGAGAUCAGUCUUCACAGAAUUCUGAGCUGGCUAGAAGGUUCUUUAUGACUCCAAGAAUACUUUAAAAUCGAUUUUAAAAUUAUCCGAAGAUGACUCAAAUUCGAAAAAUAUGAGUUAAAACAAGUUGGAGGGUUUUUUACUUCCUAA